AUUUAAUAUCAACCUCAAAUACAGGUUACUUUCACGCGUGUAUUUGCAAUUACAUAUGUGAGCUUAGGGAUCUUGUUAAAACUUGGCCUUUCAAUUUCCUACGAUUGUGUAUUUUAAAAAACUUGAUAAAUACAAGAGAUACAUCAUAUUUUUAUAAUUCGAGUAAAACAUCUUGUCGGAUUAAACACGUCUUCCUUAAAUUAUAAUUUUCCGAUGUGAGUUUGACAAACUGAGAAUGGCAGGAGUAUUUGAUAUUGAAUUGCACGAGGGAGAUGCCACAAAUCAAGACGAAUCAGAUGACGAUGUAAUCGAAACUAGAGAGGAGGAAUAUAAUCAUGCUGCGACUGUAAGCACUAUAUUAGAAUCUGAAAAUUUGGAGAGAGUUCAAUUGUCUGAACAGAAUGUAAAUCCUGGUCAAGAAAAAGCUGGUCCACAGGAUUUUGAAUUAUGCAAAAUCUUAGGAGAAGGUGGCUAUGGGAAGGUCUUCCAAGUUAGAAAAGUUACUGGAAAAGAUAAAGGCAGUAUUUUUGCUAUGAAAGUACUGCGUAAAGCAUCCAUUAUACGAAAUCAGAAAGAUACUGCUCAUACUAAAGCUGAGAGAAAUAUCUUGGAAGCUGUAAAACAUCCAUUUAUUGUGAAUCUUAUGUAUGCUUUCCAAACUGGUGGCAAACUAUAUUUGAUCUUGGAAUAUCUGUGUGGUGGUGAACUUUUCACAUACCUCGAUCGAGAAGGUAUUUUCUUAGAGGACACAGCCUGCUUUUAUUUAUCUGAAAUUAUACUGGCACUGCAACAUCUUCACAAUCAGGGAAUUAUAUACAGAGACUUGAAACCAGAGAACAUUUUAUUGGAUGCUGAAGGUCAUGUUAAGUUAACAGAUUUUGGUCUUUGCAAGGAACAUAUACAAGAAGGAACAGUGACGCACACAUUUUGUGGAACGAUAGAAUACAUGGCCCCGGAAAUUUUAACUCGGAGCGGUCAUGGUAAAGCAGUGGAUUGGUGGAGUUUAGGUCCGCCAUUCACUGGUGAUGAUAGAAGAAAAACUAUCGAAAAAAUUUUACGAGGAAAACUAAGUCUUCCACAGUACUUAACACCGGACGCCCGAGAUCUUAUACGAAAACUCUUGAAGAGGCAAGUUGUUCAAAGAUUGGGCUCCGGUCUGGAAGACGCCGAGCAAAUUAAGAACCAUAACUUUUUCAAGCAUAUCAAUUGGCAGGACGUAAUCGCGCGGAAAUUAGAUCCGCCGUUUAAACCAUCUUUGAAAAGCGCUGACGAUACAUCGCAAUUUGACGAACAAUUCACAGCGACCGUACCGGUUGAUUCACCAGUUGAAAGUACACUCAGUGAAUCUGCAAACAUGAUAUUUCAGGGUUUCACAUACGUGGCACCGAGUGUCCUGGAAGAAAUGUAUGCGCAACCGAAAGUCGUAAACGCUAGAAGCCCCCGUAGGACACUGUUGAACAAUACUGGUUUUGGUGCAGCGACUGGUUCACACUGUGAUGUUCAUCUGCAUCCAUCGUUAGAUUUUCAACAGCAGCAUAGACAGCAUAUUAUGGGGUCCAAUAGCAUAGAAGACGCUGAAAUGGUGGAUCUCGGCCAGCCACCAAAUCAUUUAUAGUGCUGCAAUGCUUUGUGCGCAAACUAUCAACUUUCUGAUGUGAAUUAUGAACGAAAGAAAUAUAGU